AUAAACAUGGCGGCUGCAGCUGGAAGAAUUGACGAACUUGUCAAAGAUUAUUUGCUGUUUCGUGGCCUUACACAAACACAGAAGGCUUUCGACAGUGAGCUGAAGAAUGAUAAGGAAAAGGGAUUACGGGUAGACAAAAUCAUCGAUCAGCUUCAAGCAUGUAUAACCAAUUAUGACAUGCUGAGUCUGAAGGACUACUGGGUGUACCUGAACCGCCGCCUGUUUGCCCGCCUUGAGCAACGGUACAUGACGAGUGUUCGCAAGCUGGAGGUGGGGCUCCUCAAACUGUACAUCAUCAACGCGGCUCAAACAAACAAGCCAGACAAGGUCGUUGAAUUCUUCGAGAAGAUGACACCAGAGCUACAGAACCAACCAGAGUUUCGCGAGUGGUUUGCCUUUCCAUUUCUACAGAGCCCACAGGAGAACCCGCUUUUCUCCAUGUAUUUCACCAAACAAUGGCAGGACACUCUGAUCCUGUCUCUACACAACUUCCUCAGCGUCAUCCUUCAGGCGAUGCCUGUACCAACACUGCUGAGUUUUGAGCAUGAGUUUCGUAGGAUGAAGCUGCUUCAGGAGGAAAACGUCAUGCUGAAACAAAAGGUGAUGUUGAUGAGUCAGCAGGCCGAGGCAGAGCAGCAGCAGAAGGAACAGGACAUGCCCUCAGAGAUCCUAACUUCAGCAUCAGACCUCAUUUACGACUUCUCGGGACUUUCGGAGGAUACUACAAUUCAAGAGAAACAACAGAAGACUCGCCGCUUCCCUCUACACCUGACCUCCCCUCUGAUUGGUCGGAGGAAAACAGAGGUGAUACUUACUAAAGCCGACCCCAAGCCGACUAAAAUAGUCUCCAAAGUAACUCACCCUAUCACCCAGCCUCCGAAGCCAUCCGUCAGGAGAGUAUCACAAAGUGUAGCAUCGUCAGCCCCACAGACCGGCUUUCAGAUGGCAGGUGGUCCUGUUGCCAUGACAACACCUGAAAUAGUGGCGCCACCUAGGAAUAGAAUAAAUGCUGGAGAGUAUGAAAAGCAGAGAAAGGAACUACUUGGGUUUGAUCCCAAAAAGUCAAAUGAAAAGAAAGCAGAGGUAAAGCCCUAUGUGCCAGAGGAUCCACCCCCAUCCUCCACCCCAACGUCAGCAAACACUCAGACAGCCCCACCCUUUGGGGGUGCCCGCCGACCUCACCCCACCCCACCCGUCAGUCCAGCGAAGACUAUCAGCAGUGAGCCGGAGAAGGUCAAGUCAGUUGACAUGCCAGAUACAGCCUCUGUUGGAUCCUUGGAAGGGGUGGCCAAUAUUCCAGAAGGAGAUUGUCCUUUCCUGUUGUUAAGUCAGGAUGAAUAUGCAGAACAUCACUCGGCCAUAUCUUAUGGGAAGUUCAGUGUUUCGGGGCAGUACAUCGCCAGUCUAGAUGCUGAUGGUGUGGUCAAAGUUUGGACCUGGAGUCCCCAGCCAGCGACCACGGCAACCGUGAUGUCCAAGUCAGCUUUCCUGUCCCUGGAGUGGGCCAGCAAGUCUGACAGAUGGCUUCUGUUGGGCAACCGUACAGGAAAUAUCCGAUUGUUUGAUGUCAAAGAGAUCAAAACAUUUCGUGAAGUGCAAGCAGAUCAGAGUUAUCCCAGGAUCAUCAACAUCACAGCUAACCCUGUGGGCAUGAGUUUUGUGUGUUCAGCCACCGUACAGCGUCUCCGCAGUGGGUCCGCGGACACCUCCGUCAUGGCUAAACCAGGAAAACUCAUGUUGUGGGAUCUCCGCACAAUGAAGAUGGAUAAACAGCUCCCAUUGGAACCGACCCCUGUGGCCAUCAACUGCUGUCAGUACAACCACAAUGGUCAGUUGUUGAUGACUGGAGCUGCUGACGGCAGGAUCAGGAUAUUCGAUAUACAACAACAGAAGUGUAUCACCCAGUGGCCAGCCCAUGAUGGGGAGGUCCACUCCGUACAGUUCAGCUCCGAUGAGACGUCCUGCUUCAGUAUGGGAGGGGAUGGGAAGUUUAUACAAUGGAAUAUCCACAAGACUGGCACGAUAGUCCGAGAGUUGGCGAUCCACCAGGGAGCCGCACUGCCAUUCCUGGCCACCAGUCCCACGGGGAACAAGGAAGUACCUCGAGGGAGACUGUUCGCGUUUGACCCCGAGGGCCAGUACAUACUCACCUGUGAUAAAAACAAAGGAGUCCUGUAUCAGACCCGAGAGGCUGACCCUGGCAUAGCGAAGAUGAUGGAGGUUCAAGGUCACAAGAGCGCAGUGACAACCGUGGACUGGUCACCGUCUGUGGACACCAGAGUCUGUCUCAUGGGGGCCAUGGACGGAAAGAUAAAAGUGUCAACUUUGCUGUCACAGUGAACAAAGAUGCCAAGCGUUUGCAGUUUUUCGUAACCACAAUACUCUACUUAAAUGUGAUUACUGUGACGUGAUGUAAAGACAGUUUUGAGCCAAUGAGACAAAUAGUUUUCUAAUGUAAAGCGAUGUUGCAAUUCUACAUGUUCUUAGUGUAAAAAAAAGAUGUUAAAUAAUUUUUAUUUAUGCAAUAUUUCAUAUUUCAAGGUCACACUGUAUUACAUGAAGAAGCUGAUGACACCUUGGUUCAUUAAUGAAGAACACACAUGUUCAGGAUGAUUAUUCAAACACCUAGGUGCAUUUAUCUUGAUGUUGAGAAUGACCUGUUCAGUCUUUGAGAGUGCUUUGAGUAUUUGGAAGUGAUGAGCAGGUCCUUGUAUUCAGGGUGGUACUGAAUCAGGAAUUAGAGUAAAACCCUGUUUGUCCAGACCCUGUUGAUCUUGACACCCUGCCUCCUGCCUGAUUUCCAUGUAGAACAUCCGUCAUGGUAAAAGGUCAUUUGGGUGUGUAUCAUUAGUAGAUCUGGACAAUGUCGCUGGCAACGUCACUGUCUGGAUCAACAGGGUUUAACUUCAGUCAGAUUUAUUCCAGACGUUGUGGCAAUAAAUGCAGUGUUUUCUGCCUGACAAAUAUGCCCUGAUCACAGAUUUUGUGUGUUCGCAUCAUGCUGCUGCUAGUUGGUUUCCAAAACAGGGUACAUGGAAAACAAGUACAAUCUAUGGGCUUCCCUUCCCCAUGAUGCUGGCAUACUGACAUUACUGGAUUACAGAGAUGCCAGUCGUUACCUUUUUGUGCAGAAUUCCUACAAUAUUUGGAACCAAAUUCAAACAAAUGUUUAAGUGGAAUAUGUUAUGAAUUUUGUCAUACAAACAUUGCCAGUGAUGCAAAAGAUAUAUUUUUGUCAAAACCAUGCACUCAAUUAUGCUAAUAAUGACUCCUGAAGUUUUGAAUUACAAAUAUAAGACCCAAGUUAUCCCAGACAUUCACAGUUGCCUCUAUUUGGGGUUGUCAUCUCAAACUCACUAACUCACCAGACCUCUGAACAUCUGGUUUAGCACAGGUCUUCAGCAACCCAUGCUUGUCGUAAGAGGUGACUAACAGGAUCUGGUGGUUAGGCUCGCUGACUUCGUUGAUGCAUGUCAUGGUAUCCCUAUUGAGAUCGAUGCUUAUGGUGUCAAUCACUGGAUAGUCUGGUUUAGACUCGAUUACAGACUGCCAUCAAAUAGGUUGGACUAUUGCUGAGUGUGACAAACAAACAAACAAAACACUCACUCAGAGUGGCCUGCUUAUACAAAUGUACUCAAUUUGUUGUAGUUCAGAUUCUAAACUUGAAAGGACAAUGGGUGGCCUAGUGGUUAACUUUCACUUAUCAAAAUGUAAACCUGGGUUUGAUUCCCCACAUGGAAACAAUGUGUAAAGUCCAUUUCUUAAGUACCUCACUGUGAUACUGACGGAAUAGUGCUAAACAUUCUAACGUCUGUUGAAUAUGUGACACUGACAGUGCAGUUAGGUUGAUGAUGUGAUAGUUUGUUUGUAUGAAGUCAUUGAAUGGUGCUUAUUUAUGAGCCUGGCCUUGAAAUAUUCAAUAUUGAAUUGUUGAUCGUUUGUCAGUUACUGGUGUUGUCCUGGCAACAAAUAUAUAACCUGAACAUGAAUAUUUUGUGUGUUAUAAUGUAUCGACAUUGGAGCAACCAUGAACCACAUUCCAGGGCGAGCUGCAGGACAGAACAGCUUUGUGCAAUAAAUACAUUGUCAGAACA